AUGAGCCUCAAUAUAUCGACAACAGCAGCUAUUCGAAGGAGAUUUGACACAGGCUCAACGCAUCUCGCGUUUCGAUCAUCGAUUCGGCCAUCCGCCACACAGAUGCCCUCACCUCUCCUUGAGCUCCCGUCUGAGCUCCGCAACAUGAUCUGGGAGUAUGCGCUCACCAACGACACCAGAUCCCUACGGUACAACCCCGACACCAAACGCUUCGACGUUUCUCAGAUUGGGGCAGGACUGCUGGUAACAUGUCGCUCAAUCUCGUUGGAGACAUUGCACACGCCAAUAUGUCUAAACACAUUGUUUUUCAAUGUCGGCACGAUAGGAGAUGUGGAUAUGUGGCUCCUGCUGGCGAAAUUGGAGAGACUCGAACAAGCUACGCAGUGUUCGCUGAGACUGCCCCCGACGCCGCAGAAGCUGGCAGAGGCGCCUUCAACAACGCCUGAAUUUGUUACUCUGAGCCGGUAG